AUGAAUAACCCUAAUACGAUGCUAAGUAAAAGCUCAAGAAAACCGAGAAUACCUAAGCACUCACAUUAUUUUCUGUCCUUCGUUUGCAUUUCUUCGUUAUUAGCAUACUAUUUCCUUUUAUCACCAUUUCAAGCUGGGAAUCACAAUGCGAAUCACAGUAUAGAGUGCCCUUUAUCAAGGUCAUCUCCACUAAUUGAAGUGUCAGAUUUCAAUAGGAUAUCUGAAUUCAAAUUGCAACCAAUCCCAGUCUCGAAGAACAUUUCAAGGAAUGAUUUCAAUAAAUGGUUGGAAGAACAAACGGAGAUUUCCUUCUAUCAUAUGUUCGAAAACAUUUGUCAUGCAGAAACAUCAGAUAAAUUUGAUAAUUGUACUCCUGGUGUUGUCUUUGCGUCUCCUUCCAAGAACAAACCAGAUUAUUUCUAUCAUUGGAUUAGAGAUGGUGCCAUCACCAUAAACACUUUAAUUAAUACGUAUCUUGAUAUUGAUAGGGAACGGACUCUUGAGACAGUCUUGGAUUACGUGAACGCAUCUUUGGAUUUACAACAUAAAUCUAAUCCCAGUGGGCCAGCUGAUGAUCCUUUGUUCAGAAAUUUGGGAGAACCAAAAUAUCAUGUUGAUAACAGCGCUUAUGAACUUGUCUGGGGCAGACCACAGAAUGAUGGCCCACCAUUAAGAGCUAUUGCAUUGUUGAACUUCUUGAACCAGGUAGACGAUGGGGAAACCGAGAAAUACAAUUGGAUAUUUGAUGAGGUAAUUGCCUUAGAUUUGAAGUUUGUGUUAUAUAAUUGGCAUAUUCCAACGUAUGACCUAUGGGAAGAAGUGCGUGCUUAUCAUUUUUUUACUAGUAUGGUUCAAUUGAAGGCGCUAGUAGAAGGUAAGAGAUAUCUUUUAACGUCGGAAGCAAAAGGUGUAAAAUUGAGCAAGCAGUUGACUAUACUAUUGAAGGAUAUUGAGACUUGUAUAGACAAAAUUGAGGAUUUUAUCAUCGAUGCCAAUUCAGGGUUUAUAAAUCAUGAAAAGGGUUACAUUGUGGAAACCCCCAGUAUUUUGGAUGAAAGGUCAGGUUUAGACAUUGCUGUGAUCAUGGCAAGCACCUUGACACAUGAUGAUUCUAUAAAAGAUAUGAACACCGUUUAUGAUUCCUUCUUGUUUGAUAUUGAUGAUCCUUUCAUAUUGAAUCAUUUCAAUGAACUAAUUGAGAGAAUGGCAGUACUUUACCCGAUCAAUCACAACAGACUUAAUACAAACAUGGGAGUUGCCAUUGGGAGAUAUCCAGAGGAUAUUUAUGAUGGAAUUGACAUCUCUGAAGGUAAUCCCUGGUUUAUCUCAACGUUAACCUCUGCCGAAUUGAUUUACAAAUUAGUCAAUAAAAUGUAUCACGAUGAGAAACCUUUACUCAUUGAUCCGAUAUCGAACAAGUUCUGGACUAAAUUCUUCGAAUUUGGGAAUAUGAAGGAUUCGCUGAUCUUGAUACCAUAUAAUACAUUAGCGUUCAACCAAACGUUGUACACAAUAUUCAAAUACGGUGAUUCAUUCCUAAGCAAAGUUAACGAGCAUGUAAGUAACGACGGAUCGAUGAGCGAACAGUUCAACAAAUAUCAUGGAUACAACCAAGGGGCUCCAAAUUUGACAUGGUCUUACGGUACUUUCAGCAAUGCACUUCGCUGGAGGGAAAUUGUCGAUCGAUUCAUCCAUCCUAUUGCCAUAUAA